GUCAUUCUUUAUUCAACUGAAUCAAGACACUGGAUAAUUUUGAUAGCAAUUUUUGUUGUCUAAAUCAAAAACAAAAAUCAAUUUUUGAUGAAAUACUAAAUACAUUUUUGCUCGGUAUAUCAGUUGGACUACAGACGACUUGUGCCCGUUCAGUGUCAGAUCAACAAUUAUACUCACAAUGGCUAUGUCAAAAGUUUUUAGAGUUUGGGAAAAGUCAAUUAGCCCAAACCCUCAUAGCGUUUUGUUGGAACAUCGAAAUAAAACGGAUAGCAUACUUUUUGAAUCACAUUCCGUAGCACAAUUGAGCCAACAAGAAUGCGAUACUGUUCGAAAGCAAUACACCAAAGUAUGUGAUGCAUAUGGCAGCUUAGGAGUACUUCAACUGAAUGCUGGUGAGAGUACAGUUUUAUUUUUAGUGAUGGUAACUGGGUGUGUAUCAACGGGUAAAAUUGGUGAUAUUGAAAUAUUUCGGAUUACUCAAACGCAGUUUAUUUCAUUACAAACUCAAGUCCCUCAUGAAGAUAAAAUCAGUGAAGUUCGAAAACUCUUGAAUUCUGGAGUGUUUUACUUUUCGCAUUGCUUGAAUGUUAAUAAACAACCGAGCAGUAAUUCCAAAUUUGAUAUAACGCUAUGUGCUCAAAGGAGUCAUCAGACUUCUGAAACUGAUAACAGAUUCUUUUGGAAUCGUAUGUUGCACAUCCAUAUGCUGAGGUAUGGAAUCAGUUGUUCGGCAUGGUUGCUUAAAAUAAUGUGUGGUUCAGUUGAAAUAAGAACUGUAUACAUAGGAGCAAAACAAGCCAAAGCCGCAAUAAUUUCUCGUUUAAGCUGUGAACGUGCUGGUACACGUUUCAAUACUCGUGGAACUAAUGACGAAGGGCACGUAGCUAAUUUUGUUGAAACCGAACAGGUAAUUUAUGUUGACAAUGACGUGACUAGUUACAUACAGACCAGAGGAUCUGUUCCACUGUUUUGGGAACAACCAGGCGUACAAGUUGGUUCCCAUAAAGUUAAACUUUCUCGAGGAUUUGAGGCUUCAGCAUCAGCUUUUGACCGACAUAUGCAAAUUAUGAAAGAUCGUUAUGGGCUGCAAAUGAUUGUAAAUCUUCUUGGCACAAGUCAGAUUGGCAGCAAGGAAGGUGAAGCUAUGCUGAGCAACGAAUUUCAGAGACAUCAUAAUAUGUCAAAUCAUAAAGACGUUCCGCAUAUAAUUUUCGAUUAUCAUCAAGAAUGUCGUGGAAGUAAUUUCUCAGCAUUGUCAAAGCUUAAAGCACGCAUAGAUGCAUGUAGUGUGAAUUUCGGAUUCUUCUAUUCCACGAAUAAUGAUGUUGUUCGGGAGCAGAUAGGAACUAUUCGAACAAAUUGUCUCGAUUGUUUGGAUCGUACCAAUUGCGUGCAAACGUUUUUAGGACUUGAAAUGCUCAAUAUUCAGAUAGAAUCUAUGAAGCUUGGUGAAAAGAAGCAGAAUGUUUCACGAUUUGAGGAAAUUUUUCGUCAAAUGUGGGUUAACAAUGGCAAUGAAGUGAGUAAAAUAUAUGCCGGCACUGGAGCAAUUCAAGGUGGUUCGAAACUAAUUGAUGGUGCUCGUUCAGCAGCUCGAACAAUUCAAAAUAAUUUGCUAGAUAAUUCCAAACAAGAAGCGAUUGACGUGUUGCUCCUCGGGUCGACGCUAAGCUCAGAACUUGCCGAUCGUGCUAGAAUACUUUUGCCCUCAAAUAUGCUUCAUGCUCCAGUAACUGUGUUGCGAGAAAUGUGCAAACGAUAUAAUGAAUAUGUUAAUAUGAAAACCAUACGUGUAGCUGUUGGUACGUACAAUGUGGCCGGAGGAAAAAAUUUCCGUGCUGUUGACAUGCAGAAUUCGCUCAGGGAUUGGUUGCUUGAUUCGUUCGGUCAAACUGAUUCAAAGGACCUUGUGCCCACAGCCGAAGAAAAUGCAAAACCUGUUGAUAUUUAUGCCAUAGGUUUUCAAGAAAUAGUAGACUUAAAUGCAAGCAAUAUCAUGGCUGCCAGUUCAGAGAAUGCUAAGAUGUGGGCAGAAGAAUUACAAAAGGCUAUAUCCAGAGACAAUAGCUACGUUUUGCUUACUUAUCAGCAAUUAGUUGGAGUAUGUCUAUACAUUUAUAUUCGUCCUGAAAAUGCACCAUUCAUUCGUGACUUAGCUAUUGAUUGUGUUAAAACUGGUUUAGGAGGGGCAACAGGUAAUAAGGGAGCCAGUGCUAUUCGCUUUGUUUUGCAUGGCACAUCCAUUUGUUUUGUUUGUGCACACUUUGCUGCAGGACAAUCUCAAGUGAGUGAACGCAAUGCAGACUAUGCUGAAGUAACUAGAAAAUUAGCAUUUCCCAUGGGCAGAACUCUUAAAUCACACGACUACGUCUUUUGGUGUGGUGACUUUAAUUACCGUAUUGAUAUGGACAAGGACGAACUAAAGGAAGCAAUUGAAAAUGGAAGGUUGGACGAAGUUCUUGAAAACGAUCAACUGCGAAAAGAACAAGAAGCCGGCAAUGUAUUUAAUGAUUUCCUUGAAGGAGAAAUAACUUUCGAUCCAACUUACAAAUAUGAUAUGUUUAGUGACAUGUACGAUUCAAGCGAAAAAAUGAGAGCUCCUGCCUGGACAGAUCGAGUUUUAUGGCGUCGAAGAAAAGCACUUGCAGAAUCUGAUGUUAGUGCCGACUGGAACCCGGGAAAGCUUGUGUACUAUGGUCGUUCUGAGCUAACGCAAAGCGAUCACCGACCUGUUUUGGCUGUAAUUGACUCUGAAGUGGUUAUUAUUGAUAGCGCCAGAAGAAAGAAAGUUUUUCAACAAGUAAUAACAGACCUAGGUCCACCGGAUUCCACAAUUAUAGUUCAUGUAAAUACCACUAACCAAGUUGUGUCAGAAGAUGAUCCAACAAUUUACGAUGAGAACGUAAUGAAUGCAUUAAUUCAGCAGUUGUCGAAACUUGGAGAAGUUACUUUGGUGCGAUAUGUUGAGGAUACAAUGUGGGUUACAUUCCGCGAAGGCGAAUCCGCUUUAAAUGCAGUAGCUCAACGAACAGCUAGUAUUUGCAAUCUUGAGCUAAGUUUUGAGUUAAAAUCCAAAAAUUGGAACGAUCUCGUAGAACAAGAAAUAGCUUUAUGCACGUCUAACACAAUAUCCCUAUGUUCUCAUCCACUAACUAAGCAAAGUGAUGCAAGUUACGUACCAGAGAUACCCCAACGACCAAAGCAACAACCUGCUCGUCCUCCAACUCGUCCUCCUUUGCCAUUGUCUCCUAAAAACACACCCAAAAACUCUCCUCACCAUUUACCACAUGUGGGAGUUAUAAGUAUUAAUCCGCAAAUGAUUCAACAACACACUGAGUUUUCGUCGUCAGCACCUCCAUUGCAGCAAACGCGCCCAGCCAGACCACCAGCUUUUGCAACGGCUCCAAGCACUGAAGAUCUCCCCACUCCAAGUUCUAGUAAAACUUCUUUGAUCAGGUCUCCUCCUCAAUCAUCACCAACUAAUAACAAUCAAAAAUCUCUGGAUGAACCUUCUUAUUCUGAUGAUAUCUACGAAGAAAUAACCGAUGGAGCAGAGUACUCUUCGCCGAUGCCACAUUUUACUCCGCCAGUAUGCCCCGAAAGCUUAAAAGAAGGAAAUUCUUUCCCAAUACUUGCCUCUUCAAAUGUUAAUGCCAGUAUUGAUAAUACUUCCAACAAUACAAAACGAGCACUACCGCCACUACCUAGUCGUGGAGGUCCACCCCCAAUUCCAAGUAGAAAUGCUGGUCCACCGCCGACUGCGCGGCCAAGUGAUAAAUAAUUUAAAUAUGAAUCGAAUUACAUAUAAAUUAUAUUAUACAUAGAUUACAUAAAUUGAACACUUCACAAAGCUUAAUAUCUAUGGCUUCAAGAUUUACAUCUGUUAACACAAACUUGAAUGAAGAUAUCUGUUAGUAAAAUAAAGUAUGGGAGCGCGGAUGUAAUGACGAAAUGACAGAAUACGAAAGGUUACUACAUGAUCUAAUACAAACUAUUCUAAGCUAUGCAAAUGCACACAUGAUCUAUACAAACUCCGUACGCAGCCAUGUUAGUAAUAAUUGUUGAUACUUAUGUUGUUAUGUAAAAACUAGAAUGCAUCGUCUUAAAAAUAGACAAAAUACUUAUAAUGUUAGUAAAAAGUAAAUACAUGAAAAAAUUGUUGUUU